GGAAACAAACGAUAUGGGAAAUCCAUAAUUGGCAGUAACUUUUUCAACAGCAGAAACCAAUCAGAAACCGGAGAGCAGUGCAUUUUGUAGCACGGCCAAGCUUUCCCAUUGUCUGACAUUUCCAUGCAUUAUCAUUGUGACAAUGAAUAAUCUACAAGAUACGCUUUCAAGUACACAGACCAAUGUUGAUGAUCGGCCACCCAAGGAUUAUGAUUUACCAGCUACCAUCGUGAUUUAUUCCCUGAUGGUUAUUCUGGGAAUUGGGUUAUGCUUCUGCUUAAGGAGAGCUAACCGGUUGAUACCCAAUCGACUUCUCAUUCCACUCAGCUCACGAAUGGGAAACGGACGUUCAUCACGAGGGUUCGACUUGGCAAGCCAAUUAGAUGAGGAGGAACAACAAGGAUUGUUAAGUGCCUAUAGUACGGAUGGCGAAGAGGACGAAAAUUUUAGUAUCGACCACGGGCGAAGAGAAAAUCGAUCACCAGACACCAAUAGCCAGCAUAUAAUCGAAGAUACAACGCUAAAUGACGAAAUGAUGGCGCUAGAAAUGGAAGAAGAAGAAGCACGACGUGCGGAAGAGGAUUUCAACGCACUCAUGGCAGAUACAUCAGGAAAUAAAAAACCACAUCUGCCACAGUAAACUCACGAAGUUAAUAAAAGACGUAUGGGAUAAACACAUCCGACAAAGUCCUUUAUCUUUUCCGCCGUAUUAUCUUCUUCAAGUUUCCAAGAUUUUUGGGAAAAGAAAAUGGAUUGUCAAGCAGAUAAUAUAGAGUCGAUAAAACACUAAAGUGAGUCAUGGAAGCUGGUAACACACAGAAAUGUGUUCAAGAGAUCCCCUUUUUCCAAAAAUGGUCCGCUCUUGCACGCUCGUUCUUAUUCUUUGGAUAUUCGGGCAUAACAACCUUUCAGCGAGUUCAACGUUGCACUUUUUUUUUUUUUACAUA